CAGAGGCCGGGGGCCAUGGCGGAGCUACAGCAGCUGCAGGAGUUUGAGAUCCCCACGGGCCGGGAGGCCCUGAGGGGCAACCACAGCUCCCUGCUGCGAGUCGCAGACUACUGCGAGGACAACUACGUGCAGGCCACCGACAAGCGAAAAGCGCUGGAGGAGACCAUGGCUUUCACCACCCAGGCCCUGGCCAGCGUGGCCUACCAGGUGGGCAACCUGGCUGGACACACCCUGCGUAUGCUGGACCUUCAGGCGGCUGCCCUGCGGCAGGUGGAAGCCCGCGUGAGCACACUGGGCCAGAUGGUGAACAUGCAUAUGGAGAAAGUGGCCCGAAGGGAGAUCGGCACCUUAGCCACUGUCCAGCGGCUGCCCCCCGGCCAGAAAAUCAUCGCCCCUGAGAGCUUGCCUCACCUCACGCCCUACUACAGGAGACCCCUCAACUUCAGUUGCCUGGAUGACAUUGGCCAUGGGAUCAAGGAUCUGAGCAAGCAGCUGUCGCGGACCGGGACCUUGUCUCGUAAGAGCAUCAAGGCGCCUGCUACUCCUGCCUCCGCCACCCUAGGGAGAGCGCCCCGGAUCCCCGAGCCCGUGCAGGCCCCCGUGGUGCCCGACGGCAGACUCUCCGCGGCCUCCUCUGCCUCCUCCCUGGCCUCGGCUGGCAGCGCCGAAGGUGUCGGUGGGGUCUCCAUGACCAAGGGGCAGGCAGUCCCCCCACCCCCACCCCCACCACCCCUUGCUGCCCCUGACUUCUUCCCGCUACCUCCUUCGUUGGAGAAACUGCCUCUGCCCCCACCGGCCCCAGAGCUGCCCAUGCCCCUCGACCUGCCCCCUCCUCCACCCCUGGAUAUAGAGGAUCUGGAGCUGCCACCUCCACCCCCACCGGGCUUUGGGUCCGAAGAGCCCAGCUGGGUCCCUGAUGCAUACUUGGAGAAAGUGGUGACACUGUACCCAUACACCCGCCAGAAGGACAACGAGCUCUCCUUCUCUGAGGGCACAGUUAUCUGCAUCACCCGCCGCUACUCUGAUGGAUGGUGUGAGGGUGUCUGCUCCGAGGGGUCUGGAUUCUUCCCUGGGAACUAUGUGGAGCCCAUCAGCUGACAGCCUGGUCUCUGCAAUGCUGAUUCAAGCACUGCCUUGAGUAAGCCUGAGUCCCACACCAAAGCCAGCUUCACUCAAGACUGGACCAGGCUUGUACACCUCUGGGCUGUUAACUGUUGUCUGUCCCUUCCCCCCCAUUGCAGUGGGCGGGGGUCCUGGGAGAGGUACCCAGAAGCCUGCUAGAGACAGGAAAGAACUGGAAACCAAGGUGUGUGGUGAUCUUAUCCACAGGGGACCCUUGGACCAUGCAAGACAGGGUCUCCAGCUGCAGGUGCCAACUUGGAAUAAAACUGGUGGCCUCUU